AUGGAAGGAAGCCAAAGGGAGGAGGGGUGUAGGCCUGAUGAGGAAUUGGAUGAUGCAUGUGGCGGUGACAGCAUGAAUGGAGUAUCGGAUGAGUAUCCAUCCGAUUAUGCUUAUGUAUUCGGGUUGUCAGAACAAGAUAUAAUAAGAAAAGUCUUUCGAAGUGAGGAAAGAGCAUAUGAUUUUUACAGUAAAUUUGGCAGAUGUCAUGGAUUUGGCGUGCGCAAGGGUGAUUAUGGAAAGGAUGAAGAAGGAAAUUUGAUAAGGAGAAGGUUUUUUUGUAAUAGGGCCGGACUGAGAGAUGAGAAACACUUGAACAGGUUGGAUAGAAAAAGGGGACACCGUCCUGAAACAAUGACUAAUUGCUUGGCGAAGCUGUCGAUUUAUCUGGAUAGGGAAAACUCAACAUGGAAGGUUCGCAAAGUAAUCUUGGAUCACAAUCAUGAACUGACACCUCGAAGGAUGGUGCACAUGAUUCCGAAAUUCCGUCGUAUAUCGGAUGCUGCAAAGGCAAACAUAGAUGGCAUGCGUGGGUAUGGUGUUUCGACAUCAAAGAUUUUGGGUUACAUGGCUGGGGUUGCCGGAGGGUACUCUUUGUUGGGCUUUACAAAAAAGGAUGCAUACAACUACAUUGAUCACAUGAGGCGGGCCAAGGUCGUUAAUGGUGACUCGAAUGCCGCUAUUGUAUAUCUAGAGGGAAAGGCAGCGGCGGAUCCAAUGUCAAUGGCUAGGUAUAAUGUUACAAAGGAUGGAAUGUUGGCGAACAUGUUCUGGGCUGAUGGACCUUGCAGAGUAGACUAUCAGUAUUUUGGGGAUGUGGUCGCCUUUGACUCGACAUACAAGAAGAAUAAGUACCAGCGCCCGUUAGUGAUAUUCUCUGGGUCAAACAAUCAUAAGCAAACCACGAUAUUCGGAUUUGGAUUGGUGCUAGAUGAAACAAUAGAAAGUUAUACGUGGAUGUUGGAGAAUUUGUUGGAGGUGAUGUGUAAUAAGCAGCCUUCUGUUGUGGUAACUGAUGGCGAUGAUGCGAUGAUUGCGGCAGUCAAAAAAGUGUUUCCAGAAGCUACUCAUCGGUUGUGUGCAUGGCACUUACAGAAGAAUGUAACCUCAAAUGGAGGCGAGCAGAUGUUUCGUGAGAUAUUCUGUAAAUGGCUUUAUGCUGACAUGGAGGUAGAUGACUUCGAGCUUGAAUGGGAAGAAGCUUCUGAGAAAUUUGGUCUACACAAAAAAUGUUGGGCAAACCAGAUGUACGAAAAAAGGCACAUGUGGUGUAAUGCGUACCUUCGUGGCAAGUUUUGUGCUGGAUAUCGCACAACGUCUAGGUGUGAGGGAAUAAAUUCUCACAUAAAGGGAUUUUUGAACUCAAAACAUAGUAUUUUGGAAUUGGUGCAAAAUUUGGAGUUAGUAGUCCGAGAAUACCGCAACAACGAGCUAGUUGCGCAAUUCAAUUCAAUAUAUAGCACCCCUGUUCUAACAACGUGUCUGGAUCCUAUUGAGAGGUGCGCUGCAGAUGUUUACACGAGAGCUAUUUUUGUACUAGUUAAGAAAGAGAUUGACGGUGUUGGAGCGAUUAAUUUUGUGAGUAAAAGGAGGGUCUCCACAACAAUGGUAUACACAAUGGAAGAGUAUGGUCAUCCCGGCCACAACAUUGUUACCUUAUUUGAUAGGACCAUGACUAGAAUGGAAUGUCAGUGCCGAUUCUGGGAGAAGGAGGGCUUUCCAUGCAGACACAUAUUCUUUGUCAUGAAGCACGAGCAUUUAAAGGAUAUUCCAAAUCGUUUAAUUUUGAAGCGGUGGAGGAGGGACGCCAAGGCAAUUGAAGAGUACGGCGAUAAGACCGACGACAUGUUGAGCGAGAGAGGUUUUCUAUUGCGGCAUGGGGCACUCCAUGCGGCAUCACAGUGGAUGUUAUACCUUGGUUCAAAGAAUCGAACUGUAUUUAAGACUGCAAUGGAGGGAAUUCGCGGAAUUUGUACUGACAUCCAUGCAAUACUUGGUCAACCGAAUGAGGGAAGAAAAGCAAAUGCGGACGAGCACAUUCGGGAUCCCGUUGUUGUUAGAACUAAAGGUGCUCCACGGUCCAAAGGCAAAAAGGGAAAGAAGAGGAGAUGUACGUUUUGCAAAAGGACCGGCCACACAAAGCGGACAUGUCUUGAUAGGGUACCAAACCGAUCCAAAUGGGGUUUGCAAGAGGAUGAAGAAUCUGUCGAAAUACCAGGGGCCAACGAGAACUUUAUGGGGGUACAUGAAACAAGUCUGCCUCCGAGGUCAGCAUCGGUGUAUUCACGAGAUGGAAAAAAUGUUUUGGCAGAAUUAAAACCCGUGGGAACUCAGGAGAGGAUCGUCGGAACUGCACAAAGUGAGAUUCUAGCAUCUGUUGCAGAUGUAGGCAGUUGCGACUAUCACCAACAGGUACUAGAUCUCCUGAAAUCGCUGAAUGCAACAAUAGGCUCAGAUGGCAUUGAGAAGUCCCAGUGA